UACGUGGAAAUUUAUCAGUAUAAAUAAGGAUGCAGAAACAGUCGACAUUUUACACUUGCCUGUUUCUUUCGACAGCGCUGCAAAAUGAGACUACUCUCAGUUUUAGUCUUGAUAGUUGUUGCCUACGCCAUUAUCGCGGAGGCUCAAACCACCAAGCCGACAACGAAGCCGACGAUAAAGCCGACCACAAAACCGACAACGAAGCCGACCACAAAACCAACCACCAAGCCAACCACAAAGCCAACCACAAAACCGACUACCAAGCCCACAACUAAACCGACAACCAAGCCCACAACUAAACCGACAACUAAGCCGACAACUAAGCCAACAACCAAGCCAACAACCAAGCCAACAACCAAGCCAACAACCAAACCAACAACCAAACCAACAACCAAACCAACAACCAAACCAACAACCAAGCCAACAACCAAACCAACAACUAAGCCAACCACAAAUCCGACUGUAACCACCGUGCCCACAACGACAACUGAACCUGCAAUUACAACGACAACGGCCGAGCCAACAACGACAACUGCUGAGCCAACAACGACAACUGCUGAGCCAACAACGACAACUGCUGAGCCAACAACGACUACGGCUGAGCCAACAACGACUACGGACGAGCCAACAACGACUACGGACGAGCCAACAACUACUACGGCCGAGCCAACAACGACUACGGACGAGCCAACAACGACUACGGACGAGCCAACAACUACUACGGCUGAGCCAACAACUACUACGGCUGAGCCAACAACGUCUACGGACGAGCCAACAACGACUACGGACGAGCCAACAACAACAACGGCCGAGCAAACAACAACAACGGCCUAGACAACAACGACGACCGCUGAGUCAAAAACGACGAUUGCUGGGCCACCAACAGAAUCUACAAUUACAACAACGCAAAAUUCAAUUUCCAAGUGAACACAAUGGCUUGUGCGCUUGAGCUACUUUCCUUUCUUUCCAUUUAGUUAGAUAAAAAGAAAACUGUAAUCUGGCCUAUAAAUCCCGGGUGUAAGGAAUUGGCAAUACAUAAUCAUUUCAGCAGCAA